GGGCGGGCGCGGGAAGCCGGGAAGGCACCGGCGGGGCGCCGUGGGGAAGAGGCCGGAACCCCCGGGAAGGGACGGGGCAGGGUGGCUCGGGGACUCCACUGCGGGGCCGCUGCGGAGAGACGGCACCGGCGGGACGGGGAAGGAACAACGACCGCGGUGGGGACGGCGGCGAGGCCCGAGCAGAACCAGCUGGGGGGCGUGGCCUAACGAGCAGCGUCCGCUGAGGGGCGUGGUCUCUGAGUGGGGGCGGGGCCCGGGGGCGGUGGGCGCGAAGCUCCCACGUGCCCGCACGGUGCCGGUCCUGGUCUCGGUGCCGGUCCUGGUCCCGGUGCCAUGAAAUGUGUCAUCGCCGGCGGCAACGUGAAAGUCCUCGGCCGAGCCGUGCACUCCCUGUCCCGCAUCGGCGACGAGCUCUACCUGGAGCCCACCGAGAGCGGGCUGUCCCUCCGUGCUGUCAACUCCGCCCGUUCUGCCUUCGCUUCCUUCCUCUUCGCACCCCUCUUCUUCCAGCUGUACGAGCCGGGCAGCGCCGGGCCCGACACGGAGCUCUUCCGAUGCAAAGUCCACAUGAAGUCCUUCCUGGGCAUCUUCCGCUCGCUGCCCUCACUGGAGAAGUCGGUGGGGAAAUGCCUCAUCCUGCUCAAGCCCCGUGCCAGCCGCCUGGUUCUGCAGCUCCACUGCAAGUACGGUGUCACCAAGACACACAACCUGGCCUUCCAGGAGUGCGAGCGGCUCCAGGCUGUGUUCGACACCCAGCGCUGCGCCAGCUGCCUCUGCGCCCCGGCACGGGUUCUGGCAGAGGCUGUGGUCCAUUUUCCCCUGACGCUGGCUGAGGUGACACUGGGAACUGGCCCUGGUGGCAAAAUCAGCUUGCGGAACUAUGUGGAGGAGGAGGCAGAGCCAAGCAAGACGAUGGUGACGGAGCUGUGGCUAGCUGAGGAUGAGUUCCAGUCAGUGGCUGUGGCCCCAGGCUCCCACAUCACCUUCUGCCUCAAGGAAUUCCGUGGGCUGCUGAGCUUUGCCGAGGCCUCCAACCUGCCCCUCACCAUCCACUUUGACGAGCCCGGCAGGCCGGUGAUCUUCACUCUGGACGACACUGUCCUGGAGGUUCACCUGGUGCUGGCCACCCUCUCCGACCUGGAAAGCAACUCCCAGUCCCCUUCAACCAACGGUGUGUCCCACCUGCCUGCCCCGUCAGAUGACUUCCCUGACGACCUGGAGUCCUACAUGGUUGCCAUGGAAGCCAGCGAGGGGGGCUUAGAGGGGCCCCCCAGUCCCACCUUUCCCCUGCGCACUCCCCGGCCAGCUGAGAGUGAACCUGAGGAGGAAGAGGAAGGAGCUGUGCCAGGGACGCCCCCGCACAAGAAGUUUCGCUCCCUGUUUUUUGGCUCGGUGAUGACACCAGGAAGGCCCGGCCCAGCCACCAGCCAGGAGGUGCUGGCGGAGGACAGCGACGGAGAAAGCUGAGCCCCGAG